AUUCGUUUAUGGUAGUUGAUUGUGGUGGAGGUACUGUUGAUUUAACAACUAGAAAACUUUUAGCCGGUAAUAAAUUAAGCGAAAUAACUGAACGCGAAGGUGACUAUUGUGGUGGAAGUUUUGUAGACCAAGAAUUUCUCAAAUUUCUUGGUAGACAAGUUGGUUCUUCAGCAAUCGAUCUUGUUAGACAGAAUCAUUAUGGUCAACUUCAGUACAUGGUUCAAGCAUUUUGUAGAAAAGUUAAACUUCCAUUCACAGGAGACAUUAAAGAUUUCAAGCCUAUUGAAUUUGAUUUGGAGGAUGUUUGCCCGGUUUUGAAACAAUAUGUAAAAGGUCAAGCUAAGGAAGAUAUGGAAGAUGCUGAAUGGGUUGUGAACAUUGAAUUUGAUGAUGUUAAAGCAAUGUUCGAUCCUGUAGUUGGUAAAAUAAUUAGAUUAAUUCAUGGACAACUAAAUAAAAGUGAAGAGGAAUGUUCCGUAAUGUUUUUGGUUGGUGGAUUUAGUGAAUCUAGAUAUCUACAAAGCCGCAUCAGACAGGAAUUUAAUGGAAUUGUUAAAAACAUACCAGUUCCUCCCAAUCCAAUUGUUGCUAUUGUUAAAGGCGCUGUCCAAUUUGGCUUAAAACAAGAAGUAAUUGAUGACCGAGUUCUAAAAUGGACCUACGAUUGGACUCCCGAUGAUCCACCUGAACGAAAAAGCGGCAAACACAUCAUUGUUUUCGAACGACUGGGUAGAAAGGGUGAGAGAGUUGCCGUGGAUCAAAAGGUUCUUCGUAUUUUUGCUCCUACCAGUAUUAUUCAGGAACAUGCUUGUUUAGACCUUUACGUAACAUCUAAAGAUAACGCAGAAUACUGUGAUGAACCUGAUGUCAACUUGCUUGAUAAUUUUAAUUUUCAUGUUCCGAUAACUGGUGAUGACGUGCGCCCAAUUUUAUAUGUUAUGAAUUUCGGAAUGGUAGAAAUUCAAACUACUGCAAUUAAUGUUGCUACCGGCGAAAAAUAUGAAAAAACAUUUGACUUCGAUAUUUAA